AUGUCUUUAGAUGACUUUGAGAACCUGUCUCUUCUAGGGGAUGGGGCUUACUCAACUGUGUAUAAAGUCAGGAGGACUUCUGACGGUCAGAUUUAUGCCCUCAAGAAGGUCAAAGUAGAUAACCUUUCCGAUAAAGAGAAGGAGAAUGCGCUCAAUGAGGUUAGAAUCCUUGCAUCGAUUAAAAACCCUUGAGUUAUAUGUUACAAAGAGUCGUUUAUUGACACUGACAGUCAAUCCCUCUGAUUGGUCAUAGAGUAUGCAGAUGAUGGAGAUUUGUUCCAGAAGAUCUCGGCUUCAGAAAAUGGCUUCGAAGAAACCUUCAUUUGGAAAGUAUUCAUACAGGUCGUCAGAGGACUGAGAGCACUUCAUGAUCUUUCUAUUAUGCACAGAGAUCUUAAGAGCGCAAAUGUGUUUUUGAAUAAGGACGGAACUGCCAAGCUUGGAGAUAUGAAUGUGAGUAAGCUAACUGAUAUGAAAGGACUGAAUUAUACUCAAACAGGAACACCGUAUUAUGCGAGUCCUGAAGUUUGGAAAGAUCGUCCGUAUAGCAUUAAGAGUGAUAUAUGGUCUUUAGGUUGAGUUCUAUAUGAAAUGAUCACCUUUAAACCUCCAUUCAGAGCGAGCAACAUGGAAGGCCUUUUCAGAAAAGUUUCAAAAGGAUUAUAUCAGCCAAUCCCAAAAUAAAUAUUCAACAGAAUUAUCGAAUUUAGUACGGUCAUUGCUGAAAGCUAAUCCAGAUAAAAGACCUGACUGUGAUGAAAUUAUUGCAAUGCCUUCAGUCAUGAAGAAAAUUUCAAUAUUGUUUCCAGAAAGUGAGCAAUUUUUAGAAAGUAGUGAGCUACUAAAAACUAUAAGGUUCCCGAAAAAUUUUAUGUACUUAACAAACCAGCUUCCUAAACCAUCAUAUGAAGAGGAAGUUGAUGAAGAUUUCACAGAGAACAUCAAAGCUUCUACUCUUCCAUUUAAACAAAAAGUAAACAAGAGUUCAGAACCUCUGGCCAAUCGUGGUACAUUGUCUAGGUCGAAGGCAAACACAGCUAGUAAGAAUUCUAUCAUUAGUGAAAGGAUGGGUAGCCAAAGUUCUGUAAGCAAGCACUCAAAGAAUACUUCUAAAGCUCAGAUUAUCAUGAAAAAUAAUUUGUCCAAGUAAAGAGAUAUCUCCAAAGAUGAAGUAUAAGAAUAUUGUAAAGAACCAGAAUAACCUCUCUAUUAAGAGCAAGAAGGAAGAUAUGAUUAAAUAAGGACAUGUCAAUGAACAUUAAUUCUCAUAAAAUCGCUCCUCUCAACAUUUCGUCUAGCAGGACGCCUCAUGUAGGGGUCAUUGGGCUGAAGAAGAGGAACAGGAACCAUAUAAUUUUAUCCAAUAAGAAAUCACCGAUUGUUAAGAAUAUGAAAUAAAGGUGGGCCUUACAAUAGGAAUCGUCCUCCGUUGUAUGAGAGAGACCACCAGGAUAUAAACGCAUCCUCUUUACCUGUGAUAGUCAAUUCGUUGAGCCCUUCUGGAAAGAGACUCUCAAGCUCGAAUGACUCUCAAGAGAUUAUAAAGAAGUAUGAGAUUAAAGGAAAGAUAAUGAAGCCUUCUCAAAGACUCGUCCAGCUGAGAUAUGGAAGCAAGAAAUCCCCCUCAAAAAGCCCAGGAGGUAGCUCAAUUCAUGCAAUGAAAUAUAUCGGACAUAAAAAGCUCAGUCACCAGAUUAGUGGGACUGCGCAUAAUUCUAACCUAAUAAAACAAGCAAUUGCUUACCAACCACAGUCUCCUAUACGUAGUAUCAAAGGGAUUAAGAGAAACACCCCUUCAAAAGUGUCGCUCCCCUCGAUCUCGAUGACUAGGAGUGAUGGGCCUCGUGAAAGGAAAGGGAGAGCCAACAAUUUGCACAUGUUAAUACGCAAGAAAUAA